AUGGCUACAACACAGCGUCUACGCGCACGACAGGCCCAUGCCCCCGGUGCUACCUACCUCGCAUAUACACCGAACGGAAAGAAACUCGUCACAGCCGGAGUCGACAAUUACUGCCGCGUAUUCACUACUGGAUCGGAUGAUGAGCCGAUUACUAUAGAUGAGUGUCAAGAGAACAACACCGCAGUUGUCGCUGGUAAUGGCUACUUCAUUACAGGCUCAGAGGACGGCACAGUGAGCAGGUUCUCCCUUGAGAAUGGCAAAUUUGAAGAGAUAUUGGUUAGGACUACGCUCCCAGUACGGGAUGUGGCUCUUAGUCCGGAUGGGAACUGGAUUGCCGUUGCCAGCGAUGAACUCGUCGUAAACCUCGUAAAUACCAAAGACAAGAGCAUGAGAACACUGCGCGAACAGCCACGAGCCGUAAAACACGUUUCCUUUGACAAGACCGGAACCCAACUCGCCGUUUCCUGCACCGACGGUCAUCUCUACAUGUAUAAGCUGGAUGGCGAUGAGCCUGAAAUGGUGAACAAGGUGGAAGGCAUGAUCAAGAGCUUGGAGGCAGAUGCAGAGACUAGUUCCAAAGCCCUCUGGCACCCGGAUGGACGAGCAUUCGCUACGCCAACUGCCAUGCGUCAAAUACAGGUCAUGUCGACUAGUGACUGGGAAAGGCAAAGAGUGUUCAAGACUGGUCAUACAGCUGAUAUUACCGCGGCGGCGUGGUCGCCUAACGGUGCCUUGUUAGCGACUACCUCGAGUGAUCUGAGUUUGUGCCUCUGGGAUACCAAGACACAGAAACAGCUCAAGAAGUUCGACGAUGUCAAGGCUACUAUCUUGGCUAUGGCAUGGCACCCAACGGAAAACAUCCUCUCAUACACCAACAAUGAAGGUGAACUCUUCAUUCACACCGAUCUCGUACCUGACGAGCAUCUUCCCCUACUACAAAAACCUACCGUUUCCGCUCCUUUCUUCCACGACCCCUCAGAAGGCCGAGCUGGUAUUCCACAGCCAGCGAAACUCACAAACGGCAAUGUGCAGACGCUUCCUGGACGGCCGCGGCAAAGGAGUGGGACACCAGAUUCUCUUGAAGAUAUCCUGGGCCCAGAGUUCCAAGACGAUGAAGCCCACGUAGAUGGGGACGAAGAGAUGGAGGACUUUGUCGUCGACGAUGAUGGCGCUGGAUACGCUCCCGCGAUCACUGCUGCGAGAAAACGCCCAAACGGACAUCUUACUAGUGGCGUGGAACCAGCAUCCAAACGCCGUGCCUACAGCUCCGCCCUCUUCCGUCCCCAAGUCCACGAGCCCUUCCAACCAGGUAGCACACCCUGGCGCGGAAACCGACGGUUACUCUGCUGUUCUUUGACUGGUUACGUUGAAACUGUGGAACAGGAGGGCAAACACCAUACAGUGAGCGUAAAGUUCUACGAUGAGCACACCUUCCGCAAUUUCCACUUCACCGACAUCUUCCUUUACGACAAAUCUUGUCUCAACGAAAACGGUACACUGUUCGCCUGUCAACCCAACAGCACUGGUGACGGCAACCCUGCGAUCAUAUACUACCGACCGCAUGAGACGUGGACGACGAGAACUGAGUGGCGGACGAAUCUCCCAACUGGGGAGUCUGUCACCGCAAUUGCACUGUCGGAUUCGUAUGUUUGCGUAACCACGUCAGCAAACUACGUGCGCAUAUACUCCCUCUUCGGCUUACCGGUACGCGUCUACAGACAAAAGAGCUCACCAGCAGUCACCUGUGCAGCCUGGCGCGAUUACAUACUCACCAUUGGCAACGGACCUAUCCAAAACGACCUUAGCACGCAACUUCUCUACACCAUCGAGAACAUCAAGCACGACAUAGUAUACCAAGACUCCGACAUCCUUGCCCUACCUCCCGGCACAACAUUAACCUCAGUUUUCUUCUCCGCAGAAGGCGAUCCAUACAUCUACGACUCCGAUGGUGUCCUGCUAACCCUCCUCGGCUGGAGAAACACCGGCCAAGCCCGCUGGGUCCCCAUGCUCGAUACAAAACUCCUUGCUCGACGCGCCGGUGGCGGAAAAGAAGAAUCAUACUGGCCUGUUGGUGUCGCGUCAUCCCCCACAUCUUCCGACGGCACAGGCGCGAAAUUCCACUGCAUGAUCAUCAAAGGCCGGGAACAGUACCCUUCAGCACCCGUCCCGCAUCUCUCUGAAUUCGGCUUUGAAAUCCCGCUCACGAGUGUGGUUGACAAAGCCAAGGGCAAGAAGAACAGAAGAGGCGAGGAAAGCGACAUGGAAGAUGAAGAAGACGACGACAAGCCGCAGAGCAACGAGGAGAAACAGCAGGAUCAUGAACAAGCCUUCAUUCUCGCAUCGACACUACAUUCACAGCUUUCUUCUACACUCCUACAUACCCGUCCUACGGCAUCUCAGAAAUCCGCACUCAGUACGCUGGAAGUGGCGAUUGAUCGUGCACUACUCCAACUGCUCGGAUUGGAGUGUCUUGCGGGUGAGGACCAUGGUAUGAAGGCCCUGGAGAUUGUCAGUUUAAUGAGAGAUGCGAAUGGCAAGAUGCUGGAUCUUGCGGGCAAGGUUGCGAGUAGAUAUGGACGGGAAGUGCUUGGCGAGAAGAUUAGGGAGCUGGCGGAGAAGAAUGCCUUGGCUAGGGAGGAUGAUGAAGAAGAGGACUUUUAG